UCUAGUUAUAUUGAUUUUGAAAUGAGUCUUUCGGCUGGUGCAACCGCCGGGUAUGCAGUUUUGGGUGUAUUUGGUGGUUAUGUUAUAACUUCAGUCCUGCUUCUAAAAUGCCCGACCAUUUUGCACAAGAAAAAGAAAAGAGAUUUUUGGUGUUCUCACAUCAGCCACAGAGGGGGUGCAGCUGAAAAAACCGAGAACACAUUGUCAGCAUUUCACAAUGCAAUUGACAUUGGAACUCAAAUGCUUGAACUAGAUGUCCAUCUCACCAAAGACAAGCGGGUAGUUGUUGCCCACGAUAUUGAUUUAAAACGUAUCGCUGGUGUUGAUGCAAAGAUAUCCGAUUUUGAUUAUGAGGAACUACCUCCAAUUUGUAAAUGUCUCAAAGUGACAUUUUGUAAAGAUACUAUGUACAAUAAUGAUGGUGAAGAGGAAAGAAUCCCUUUACUUGAUCAAGUGUUUGAAGAAUUUCCAAGUAUUCCCAUUAAUGUGGAUGUGAAAGCUGAAAAUGAUGAACUUAUUAUGAAGGUACAUGAUCUAGUAAAGAAAUACCAACGUGAAAAGUUAACAGUGUGGGGGAAUUUCAGUGACAAAAACUGCAGGAAAUUACACAAGCUGAAUCCUACCGUUCCAUUGAUAUUUUCCAUGAAGCGAGUAUUACUGGUGUAUGUUUGGUUUUACACUGGUCUCCUGCCAUUUAUUCCACUAAAGGAAAGUUUUUUUGAGAUCCCCUAUCCUGACAUAUUCACUAAAUUGGACUUUCCAUUUUCUCCAACACAAAAAAGAAUGUUUUCAUUUGUUGCAUUCCUCAUGAGAAGCAGGAUUCUCGUCUCACAUCUAAAAGCGCGGGGCAUACCGACAUACUUCUGGGUUUUAAAUAGUGAAGAAGAUUUUGAAGGUGCUUUUAAGCUUGGAGCAGAAGGUGUGAUGACAGAUUACCCAUCUAAGCUGAAAACGUGGCUUGAUAAAAACCCACAGUACCAGAUCUGAUGUUGUAGCAGGCCUCAAUGUGUCAGAUAUUUUUAUGCACUUCUGUUUUUGAUUGAUGUUUCACAGGGAAUGAAUGAAUGAAUUGAACCUAUUUAUCCUUGCAAGGCCCUAAAACGACAGUCAUUAUAACACAAGUGUUCUGUUUCAUACACUUUGUACCAGCCUACGAGUUACUUUGUUAGUGAUUAUUUUGGAGGAUUUUUUCAUUUUUUGUGUGGCUGAUAUUUUAGACAACCCAUUUGUGACCACUGGGUAGCGAAUGGUAAAAAAUGAUGUGAUUUUAAUGGUUUCAGUUAAUAUUUUUAUUAUUUUAGUGUGAUUUUUCAAACAGUAUGCAAUCAAUUGCUUUUUCCGUACUGCGUAGCAAUUUCAAAUGAAUUCUGAAUUAUUGUAACUAAAAACAAUGUACCAUGUUUAGGUCAUUUAGAAUCACUUUUUAAAACAUUUCUAGUGACUUUACUACCUAACCCUGGACUAUAGACGUAGUGUAAUCUUUUACAAUGCAAUCACGUAUUUUAAUAUAUGGUAGGGUGGGGGAAGACGGAACACUUUUAGCAGAUAAUAAUAUGAUCGUGUUUUAAACAAUUAACAACGUUCUAAGGGAGUUUUUGAAGACAUGGUUUUAUAAGUCUUUGACAAGAAAAUAGAACGUACGGGUGUCCCAUCCCCACCCUACUAUAAAUGUCACGCUAAUUAUCACUGUUUAAUUUUGUAUUGUGCAGUCAGCAUGUGUUGUGUAUUUGUAGCACCCAACAUUUGGUCAAUCCUCUUUAAAGUCGACUACCCUCACUGUACAUGUAGUGUCUUUACGCACACUUUUGUUUCUAUUAGAAGUUUAAUUUCAAAAUAAUUAAACAUAAAUGGCACGUUUGUGUACUAAGUGUAGCGACCACGCUUAUUUUUUCAAUUUAAUUUAAAUGUGUUUUUAACUGUAAGUGUGUUUUACAACUGUUGUUUUGUCGCUUUAUCCUGUCUUUUCAAUUGAAAUAUUUCUAAACCUUCGCUACUGUAAUAUAAGAGACGAAUAAGUAAACGUAGAAAAAUUAACUGU